AUGGGUAUUCUUUCUCUAUUCCAUAAGACCUUUCGAGCACUCAAACUGCCACCCCCUGAGUCUUUUGCAUCCCAAACAGUCCUGAUUACAGGCGCAGACUUCGGCUUGGGUCUUGAAGCAGCCAGACAUAUCGUCAAUCUUGGAGCCUCGAAAGUCAUCCUUGGUGUCACGACUCGUGCGAAAGGGGAAGCUGCAAGAUGCGAUAUUGAGUUGACAACGGGACGCACUGGUGUUCUCGACGUAUGGCAGGUUGACUUCCAAAGAUUCAGUAGCGUCGAGGCUUUUGCAGCUCGUGCAGCGCCUUUGGAACGACUGGAUGUGGCUAUCAUGAAUGCCGAGCUGGCGAGUUUGCACUGA